GCCCACCGCCCGGCACAUGACUGUGCUGUCAGCGGAGGGGCGGGGCUCCGAUACGGCCAGGGGGAGGAAGGCAGGUAGAAGGAGGAAGAGGCCCAUCAUCACCCGGAGAGGACAACGCCGGUCUUAAUCGGACAUCAUGUUGGGUUCUGGGUUCAAAGCCGAGCGGCUUCGCGUGAAUCUGCGACUUGUCAUAAACCGGCUGAAGCUCCUGGAGAAGAAGAAGACUGAGCUGGCACAGAAAGCGAGGAAGGAGAUCGCUGAUUACUUGUCCACCGGAAAGGAUGAAAGGGCGAGGAUCCGGGUGGAGCACAUCAUCCGAGAAGAUUACUUGGUGGAAGCGAUGGAGAUCCUGGAGUUGUACUGCGACCUGCUGCUGGCCCGAUUUGGGUUGAUCCAGUCCAUGAAAGAGCUGGACCCCGGCCUGUCUGAAGCAGUCUCCACCCUCAUCUGGGCGGCUCCACGACUACAAACUGAGGUUUCUGAGCUCAAGACGGUUGCCGAUCAGCUGUGUGCCAAGUACAGUAAAGAGUACGGCAAGCUGUGCAGGACAAACCAGAUUGGAACAGUAAACGAUCGGCUGAUGCACAAGCUGAGUGUGGAGGCCCCACCUAAAAUCCUGGUGGAGAGAUAUCUGAUCGAGAUCGCCAAGAACUACAACGUUCCGUAUGAACCGGAUUCUGUCGUCAUGGCCGAGGUUCCCGCUGGUAUAGAGGCAGACCUUAUAGAUGUCGAAUUUUCAGAUGAGAAAAAGCGAGGAGGAGGAGGAGGAGGUGGCGGCGGCGGCGGCGGUGGAGGAGGUUUUGCAAUGCCAUUGCCAACAAUGGGUGCCAUGCAGAUGCCCACUCCCACGAUUCCUUUCUCCUACCCUGCGCCUUCUGGUCCGGAGAAUUUCAAUGGACCUGCCGUGGGAAUGUACCAGCCUUAUGGCAACCAGCAUCCUCCACCGAUAGGAAUUGUGCCACCGCCGAUCCCAAACAUGCCUCCUUCAUAUGACUUUAUUAAGAAUGAUGGACCUAAUGCUCCUCCAGCACAAGAUGGUCCAGCAAUAAACGCUCCUGUUGCCAAGCCACGGUCAAAAAUGGCAGAUAACUUUGUCUUGCCCGAGUUACCUUCCGUUCCCGACACCCUUCCAUCCGCCUCAGCCGGAGUGGGCACUUCCAGUUCAGAUGAUAUUGAUUUUGAUGACCUCUCACGUAGGUUUGAGGAGCUAAAGAAGAAAACCUAAGCGGUGGGACGAUCCUCCCAACUCCCGACCCCUGACUCUCUUUUCUGAGAAGGAAUUUCAUAUCUAAAAACUUUUACUGUAAAUCCUGCAAUGAGCGGCUCCUUCAGAUACCUCCUGCCACAGGCAGGGAAAGUGAACUCUCCUCUACUUUUGCAGGUUCUUCAUGACCCUUGCACUAACAAUGGGGGGUAGCUUUUGGCUAUAGUAGGGAAGGGUGUAUGUUUGUUUUGUUUUUUUUGUCAACAGGGGGGUUUUCAGUCUUAAAGUCUAAACCAAGAACCCAUUUCUCUAAAGCUGAUGCCUUUUUUUUAUUAACCAAGAACUUUGGAACUCAACUUGUGGAAUUAUCAACCCGAUAAAAUGUAAGACUUCUCUUUGCUUAGCACGUAACGAGCGGCUCUUAAUACAUGAUUUUCUAAUCUUUGUAUAUAUUCACGAACUUAUGUUAGGCUUGUUUAAGUGUGCUGUUCUUCAAAAUAAAGCCAUGGCCUUCUUAAA